AAUGAGAGCUCUCCAUGAACGGUUGCUAGGAGACAUGUCGACGAGGCGUCCCGAAGACAAGACCACUGAAAAGCAUUCAAAUCAAAUCAUUUGGAAUUAACCAACAUUUCAUUCAGUCCCAUUCGUUAUGGUGAGGUUGAGGGCGAGGUGUUUGAUGGUCGGAGAUCCAGCAGUGGGCAAAAGUGCCCUCUCACAGAUGUUCCACAGUGAUGGUACUCUCUUCCAGAAGAACUACACCAUGACAACGGGAGUGGAGGUGCUCAUCAAAAGCGUCAACAUCCCCGAGAGCGGCGACAGCGUGGAACUUUACAUCAUGGACUCUGGGGGGAAGGAAUCCUUGGUGGAAGCCAAUGAGAAGAUGGUGAGACACAAACACAUGGAGGUCCUUCCAUGGCCGUCAUACGCUUGUGGGGCUGUCUGCGUGCAGUGGGGGGAGCUGUCUCUGCUGUGCCUGGUGUUUGACCUGACCAGCGAGCGCUCCUUCUCCAACUGUGCCCGCUGGAUGGAGAGGCUCCGCGCCCACUGCAGGGGGCGCCACCUUCCCGGGGUUCUGGUGGGCAACAAGUCGGACCUGUCAGCCAGGAGGGAAGUGCAGGCGGCCGCGGCCCAGGAAUGGGCCCGGAACCAGGGGCUGGAGUACUACGAAACGUCAGCUAAAGAGAUGGAGAAAUGUGACGCCCCGCUCCUCAGCCUAGCCCGGGCCUUUCACUCGCUCUACCAGGACUGCAGAGAGGCCAUACAGAACCUGAGUCCAGGCUAGAGAGGGAGACACAAUUGUCCUCAUUACGUACACUUUGGAAAGACAGCCGACGUACCGCACAUUGAGGUGAACGCUCUUGAGCCUCCGCUCCAGUGGUGGGCAGUGUGGCGCCAUUUUGAAUCAUCUUUUCUUGGCUGUUGCCGCCGCCGCCAUCUUUGCACCGCCCCCUCCCCCCUCUGCUCUGAUCACAGCAGCACCGCAGAGAGACAUGCCGCCGCUGUGAUCAUUGCAUCGGGGGAGAGCGGCCGCGGGCGAACGAGAUGGGGAGGCGUGUGAUGCAGCGGGGCCGCCGGGGAGAGGGAGGGAAGACCGCUCUGCUCUCAGACGGGGGGGGGGGGAUGUCGGAGAUGGCGGAAGCAAGACAUUGACUUGAAACAUAUGACGUGAAUCGACAUGCAAGCGUUGUGCCAGCUUCGACGAUUCCUCUUGUCACUCAUUGUGUAUCGUUAAGAGCACGCGGAGAGCCGUUGCGUUCCCGACAGGGGGCUGCGGCGUUUAUUCAACAUCACGACUUGAUGCGUCCAAGUUCAGAAUCAUUCCGUUUUGGCACCUUGAAAGACAUUACAACUUGUUCACUUCUUUUCAAUUGGCAUUUACAACAACACAACGCAAGAACCAAAGAACAAGAAAAUGAGACAAAUCAGAAUGGUUUGGAGGAGAAGAAUAAGGCUGUGUUAGAACUGAACGCAUGAAAUGAAAAGCUCUUCAUAGCUUUCUGGUUUUGUCCCAAGCUUGGUCCCCUCCCUCCCUCCCAAAAAAUCCAGAAAGAAAAUGAAAAAUAAGACACAAUACUGUCACAUUAAGUUCUACUUUAUCCCGCCUGCUGCUGCUGCUGCCUUUUACAUGGAUGGAUGGAUGGAUGGACGGCAUCAUUGUUCCAAAACAAGAAGUUCCUUGAAAGCAGAUUGGAUGAUUUGGAUUUGCAUGCAUGUAAAUUCAUCUUUUUUUUUUUUGAAAUUCUUUUUCGGGACUCCAUGUCGUCUGUCACAUUGUCCAAAGUCGUCUUCAUUCAUUGGCUCAGAGGUUCCCCCCCCCCCCAUUGUUCCUGAACAAAGAUGGCAGCCAGUCUUUUGGCCAAGGCCAAAAGGUUGUCACUUUUUUUGGUGUUUAAUUUUUUUUUUUGUUAUAAUUGUUGUAAAAAAAUGCGGCAAUAUUAACCCACACAAAGCCUUUUUCCGUUUCCAUUUCUCUUAGCAUCGCUACUUAAUUAUUAUUUUUUCUUUUGCGUCAGGAAAGUGGUCAUGACGUAUUAACAGGUAUACAUGUAUGUUCAUGUUGAAUAAAUAUCAUUGAUACAG